AUGGCUAGCGCUGCGCUUGGGCCAGGCGGCCAUUCGUCCGGGCCUGUCGUCGGCGGGGUUGCGUCGUCUGUGGUCUCGUCGCCAUCGCAAGGAGGCAAAGACCGCAAGAAAAGUGCGCACUGGACCGACAAUGACACGGACACUCUCAUCGGUGUCCUGCUGCGUCACCGGGACAGUGGGCGGACGUCGGACAAUGGCUUCAAGCCAGAGGUCUGGGACGAGGCGAGCGCCUUGCUCGAACGAGCACACUACCUCGGCGGGUCCAAGACGCCCGACGCGUGUAAAUCGCGCUGGCAACGUCUGCAGCGCGACUACAAGUUUGCUCGCCAGCUCCAGAGCUAUCCCAACAUUGCGUGGGACCGUAAUGAGCACCGACUGGUCGGCAAUGAAGCAGCAUGGGAGGCCGCCGAGUACCAGUACCCCGAAGCAAGAAAACAUCGAAAGAUCCACCUCCCUUGCUACGGACAACUCUCGGUUCUGUGCUCGGACGAUGGGCUGCGACCCCGCCCUCGCCCGCCAAAGCCUCGCAUGUCGUCCACAUCGUUCACCUCCGAUUCAUCUGGCGUCGUGUCACUAAACCUCACCCCCACGGGUGGUACAAACCCGUCGGCCAUGGUUGGCGGCCCUCCCAACGUCGCCGAGUCUUUGCACGACCGCCGACACAUGCUUGGGUCUGGCAUGGGACACGCGCACGCCAACGGCCACGCCGGUGGUCCGACACACGGGCAGGCCCACGGGCAAGGACACGGUCUGCAACCCGCAUUGACACUGUCGUCUGAACCCCCGAUGAUGUGGACAGACGGUGAUGACAGCGUGGAGAGCGUUGAGACUUCGUUCACCAUGCCCGAUGGCACCUUGCAUACGACACGUCAGUUUGCACUCCCUCAGCAACAGCAGAAGCGUCUCCCGGCAUAUGACCCGUCCAUGCUCGCAGCCCAAUCGAACCAUUCGCCAAAGCGUCAUCGCAGCACACGCCGAACGGAUACUGAUCCAUCGCUGCAGGCUACCCCCACGCAGUCUACGCCUCAGCAGUUGUACCAGCUUUCCCUCGAGACCCCGCGUCAUCUCCCUCACCCCCAGCAACAGCAACAACAGCAACAGCAACAACAACAACAACAACAGCAGCAGCAACAACAACAACAACAACAGCAGCAACAACAACAACAACAGCAACAACAGCAGCAGCAACAACAUACACAACAGCAGCAGCAACCGCCUACACCACAGACGCGCCAGGAGCUUGAACAGCAUCAACAGCAGCAACUGCAGCAUUCUCAGCAUCAGCAGCAUACGCAGCAGCAUCAACAGCAGGCUCUGCCACCACCACCGCCUCAGACGGAGCCCCGGCCUCUACAACAGCAACAGCAACACCAAGCACAGCCGCAGCAGCAGCAUCAAAUACAGCCAAAUGCUACACCGGGACUGCCACCGAGGCUUAACAGUACCAUCUAUUCGAAUCAGCAUGGCGGGCAGGCAUACGCCCGCCGGUCUCCAUCGCAGCUUGUCACCAAGAUUGUCGACCCCGCCCUCCCUUCGCCAGUGUACCAGGUGACGCCGCUUGACAGCACGCCACGGACAAACGCGGUACCCGUCUUGCCAAACGGUGAUGUCGACGGCAGUGGUGGGACGAACGGGCACAUGCGUGCGUCGUUGCCCAGCCCUGCCAUUUCUGCCAGUUCCGUGCGCGUCCUCGACAAGUCUGCGAGCCCCCACACUCGUUUCCGGGCCGACCUCCACGAGCACCACCAACAACUGCCAUACCCGCGGCCAUACCGCACGCCCGGCCCGGGGGAGGAGGACAAGCGUCUCCCGCCGGUACGUGCCGCGUCGUCGUCGUCAAUAUCGUCGGUCGUGACCGCGGCGGCUCCCGCUGCUCCCGCAAGCUCUGCCCCGUCCUCAAGGGCACACUCGGGCUCGGUGUCCACCGCGCCUGACCCGGCUCGCGGCGAACUCACCGAGUCGCAACGGCACACAGAGGCCGUCGUGUUGCUCCAAGAGCACCCGGAGCUGGGCGACGACGACACCAUUGCCCUCCUGCACGAGUUUGAGGUCAAUGUCCGCGCAGUGGACACGUUCCUUGCCCUGCACAAACAGGGGCUGCGGUCAAAGUGGCUCGCAAACAAGUAG